UAUUGAACUCACGAAGCAAGCAAGACUACUGCUAUAGAAAGCAGUAGCAAGGUCUAGUCGGCUGUGUCUAGGCGCCUAGCUAUAUGCCUAUAUAGUAAACGGUAUCCAGCAUGGACGAGUACAUCUACCAGUCGCUCUUCCUCUCCGUCCUUGCUGUGGCACUGCUGCAGCUGGUGAAGAUGGCCCUCAAGCCGAGGCCACGGCUGCCGCCAGGGCCUUGGAAGCUGCCCGUCAUCGGCAGCAUGCACCACCUCGUGAACGUGCUGCCGCACCGGGCGCUGCGGGACCUGGCGGACGUCCACGGCCCGCUCAUGAUGCUGCAGCUCGGCCAGACGCCGCUCGUCGUCGCCUCUUCCAAGGAGACGGCGCGCGCCGUGCUCAGGACGCACGACACCAACUUCGCCACACGCCCCAAGCUCCUCGCCGGCGAGAUCGUCGGCUAUGAGUGGGUCGACAUCCUCUUCGCCCCCUCCGGCGACUACUGGCGCAAGCUCCGCCAGCUCUGCGCCGCCGAGAUCCUGAGCCCCAAGCGCGUGCUCUCGUUUCGUCACAUCCGGGAGGAGGAGGUGAUGCUGCGGGUGGAGGAGAUCCGCGCGGCGGGCCCGGCGACGCCAGUGAACCUGAGCGUGAUGUUCCACAGCAUCACAAACAGCGUCGUGUCCCGGGCCGCGUUCGGGAAGAAGCGGAAGAACGCGGCGGAGUUCCUUGCGGCGACCAAGGCCGUCGUCGGCCUGUCCAGCGGCUUCAACGUCCCGGACUUGUUCCCGACGUGGACCACCGUCCUGGCCAAGCUCACCGGCAUGACGCGCAGCCUCAAGGAGAUCCACAAGACGGUGGACACCAUCCUCGAGGAAAUUAUCGUGGAGCGCAAGCGCAUCCGCGACGAAAAGAUCAAGGGCGGCGACGCCGCCGAGGACGUCGACGAGAACCUCGUCGACGUACUCAUCGGCCUGCAGGAGAAAGGCGGCUUCGGCUUCCAACUUACCAACAGCAUCAUCAAGGCCAUCAUACUGGUAAAUAUAUAUAAUACUCAGUUCAACAUGUAGUAGUCCUAUGUAUAUAAAGAGUUUAAAGUUGAGCUCAAACCGGCACGUUUCACUACCCAAAAAAUCGUGUAUAAGAAAGAGAAAUCCCUUUCAAAUGUAUUGCUAGGACUAGCAACUUAGUUCAAAACUGGUAUCUUGGUCCAUCUCCAUUACAUCCAAUGGCAACACGUGUGCAUAUAUGCGCAGGACAUGUUCGCGGGCGGGACGGGGACGUCGGGGUCGGCCAUGGAGUGGGGGAUGUCGGAGCUGAUGCGGAACCCGCCAGUGAUGAAGAAGAUGCAGGCGCUGAUCAGGGAGGCGUUCCGUGGGAAGACGGCUGUGACGGAGGGCGACCUGUAGGCGAGCAACCUCCAGUACCCGAAGCUGGUGAUCAAAGAGGCCCUCCGGCUGCAUCCGCCGGCACCGCUGCUGGUGCCCCGGGAGAGCAUCGAGGAGUGCGAGCUGGACGGGUACACGAUCCCAGCAAAGUCACGGGUCAUCAUCAACGCGUGGGCCAUCGGCCGGAACCCCAAGUACUGGGACGACGCCGGCGAGUUCAAGCCGGAGCGAUUCGAGGACGGCUCCCGAGACUUCACGGGCAGCAGCUACGAGUUCUUGCCCUUCGGCUCCGGCCGGAGGAUGUGCCCCGGCUUCAACUACGGCCUCGCGAGCAUGGAGCUCGCCUUCGUCGGCCUGCUGUACCACUUCGACUGGUCGCUGCCCGAGGGCGUCAAGGAUGUCGACAUGGGGGAGGCGCCUGGACUCGGUGUACGCCGUCGCACGCCGCUAAUGCUUUGCGCCACCCCGUUCGUCCUGGUCCCCGCCUAACUAUAGGCACGUACAUCGAUCGUCAUGCUAGCUCUAGCCGCGAGAGCUGAGGGGCCUAUACUUGUAUCUCUGUCUCAAUAAUUUCUCUCCACGAUGGAUGUGCUUGCUGGCUAAAUACGUAGUAUUAUUACUGCGAAGCGUGUAUUAUUAUGUACCUAAAGUUUGUACUUCUAUCCUAAAUUAAAGUGCGUCCCGCAGUAGACGCAAGGGUAAUAAAUAAGUGCAUGCCGUUAUUUUUU